AUGAACCUGGUCGGAAGGGCAGCGCGAGCUUGGACUCGACAAUGCCUGACUUCGCGCCCCAAUGCAACCCGCAGACCAGACCUCGACCGAGACUGCGCGGCAUGGGUACGGCGCUUUGCCUCGCAGACGAAACCUUCGCCAGCGCAGCUUGAGGCGCGCAUGGCUGCCAUUCCCAUCGAGCGAUAUAGAAACUUCUGCAUAGUAGCGCAUAUCGACCACGGAAAAAGCACACUAAGCGACCGGCUGCUCGAGCACACCGGCACCAUUUCGGCGAGCGAUGCGAACAAGCAGAUUCUAGAUAAGCUCGAUGUCGAACGAGAGCGCGGAAUCACAGUAAAGGCGCAAACAUGUACGAUGCUUUACAACUACAAGGGCGAGGAUUACUUACUGCAUCUGGUCGACACACCUGGCCACGUUGACUUCCGAGCCGAAGUUACGCGGUCCUAUGGCAGCUGCGGCGGCGCAAUAUUGCUGGUAGACGCCAGCCAAGGUAUCCAGGCACAGACGGUCUCGAACUUUCAUUUGGCCUUUGCGCAGGGCCUGGCGUUGCUACCUGUAGUCAACAAGAUCGAUAUGCCGUCCGCCGAUGUUCCCUCCGUCUUGAAACAGAUUGAAGACAGCUUCGAGCUGAAUCCCGAAGAAGCCGUCCUUGUCAGCGCAAAAACGGGCAAGGGCAUAGAAAGAGUACUUCCAGCUGUCAUCGAGAAGAUGCCGCAUCCGCUCGGCGAUCGCAGUAAACCAUUGAAGAUGCUUCUGGUAGACUCUUGGUACGAUAAUUUUCGUGGCGUCGUUCUACUUGUGAGGAUCUUUGAUGGCACGAUCCGGGCUGGGGACAACGUGGUGUCCCUCGGUACAGGCAUGAAGUACACUGUCGGGCAAGUCGGCGUACAGUAUCCUGACGCGAUACCACAAAAGGUAUUAAGCGCAGGACAGGUUGGCUAUGUUCACUUUAACCCUGGCAUGAAACAAAUCAAGGAUGCCAAGCUUGGAGAUACCUUCACGGUGGUUGGCAGCGAGGGUUCCGUUGAUCCAUGCCCUGGCUUCGAUGAGCCCAAGCCGAUGGUUUUCGUUGCCGCCUUCCCUACCGAUCAGGGAGACUACAGCAGGCUCGCAGACAGUAUCAACCAAUUAGUGCUCAACGACCGCAGUGUGACGUUCCAGAAGGAUCACUCAGAAGCAUUGGGAGCGGGCUGGCGUCUUGGGUUCCUAGGCAGCUUGCACUGCUCCGUCUUUCAGGAUCGCCUGAAGCAGGAGCAUGGUCGAAGUAUCAUCAUCACAGAGCCUACCGUGCCAACCAAAAUCAUAUGGAGCAAUGGCAAGGAGGAGAUUGUGCAGAACCCUGCCCUCUUCCCCGAUACUUCUCAUCCACAUGUGAAGAACUCCCAGCUGCUGGAACCAUUCGUCAAGGCGACAAUAACGGUCCCUGAGGAGCAUCUUGGACGAGUGAUUGAGCUUUGCGAGGCAAACCGGGGACAGCAGAAGAGUAUUGAAUUUUUCAACAAGGAUCAAGUUAUUCUCGUGUAUGACAUACCUACCGCUCAGCUGGUGGAAGAUCUAUUUGGAAAGCUGAAAGGGUCAAGUAAAGGAUAUGCCACACUCGAUUACGAGGAGACUGGUUGGCGAGAGAGCAAACUAUCCAAAGUACAGCUACUUGUGAACAAGCAGCCCGUUGAUGCUAUCUGCAAGAUUGUACACGCUUCCCAAGUCGAGCGUGUGGGUAGGCAGUGGGUCACGAAGUUCAAAGAACAUGUUGACAGGCAAAUGUUUGAGGUCGUCAUCCAGGCAAUAGCGGGUAAUAAAAUUAUUGCUCGUGAGACUAUCAAACCGUUUCGCAAAGAUGUGCUUGCAAAACUGCAUGCCAGCGAUAUCAGCAGACGGCGAAAGCUACUGGAGAAACAGAAAGAUGGUAGAAAGAGGCUGCGAGCCGUUGGCAAUGUUAUUAUUGACCAGGCAGCUUUCCAGAACUUUCUGGCCAGGUAA